CAGGGUGCAGCGGAAGGCUGCGGUGCGACUCUGAAUGAACUGAUGAGAGCGAGUUCUCAGCCUGCUCUGGAGGGGAGUGGAGCGAGGGUCCCGGCGGCGGGCAAGACCGAAGCACUGGGGGCUGGGUAGCGGUCCCCGGGCCGCCGCCGUGGAAAUUUCCAAGGACUUGGAGCGGCGGGGAGAGCACGUCUGAGGGGUGCCGGGCACCGCACCGCGGCGGCGCAGGAGGCGGGGAAAGGGCGGUGCAGGGCGCAAGAGCAUCUCUUUCUGAAAGGGACACAGUGGGUCAGAUGUCCCGGAGCCAUCGGCACCUCUUUCAGGACCUCAGCCGAGGGCGACUGUAAGGGCGGUAGCAGCCAACCCCACUACUCUCCUCCAGACCCCUCCAGCACUCGCCUCUGCAGGGAAAACGACCAUGGCUCGUGACUUACCCGGGGGCCACUUCCUCUAGCAAGAAAUCCGUGGGAAAAGUUGCAUUGGAGAAGAUCCUUGUAACUGACCUCUGGGACCGUGGUGGGGGUUCCCCAGCAGUGCAUACAAGAAAGCCAAAGGUGUGUGUGCAUGGGGGACCGGCCGUGGGGACACCUUCCCCUGCCACUUCACCUAGCAUUGUGCUGAGGCUCCCACCACCGACUCUGGGACUCUGAGACUGUGAUGGGCCCCUGCGGGCGGGCCCGGCUACACACAUCCAGAGGGGCAAUGGCCAUACUGGCAUGGAAGUUCCCGCGUACCCGGCUACCCGUGGGAGCCAGUGCCCUCUGUGUGGUGGUACUCUGUUGGCUCUACGUCUUCCCUGUCUACCGGCUACCCAAUGAGAAGGAGAUCAUACAAGGAGUGCUGGCACAGCGCACCGCUUGGAGGAGGAACCAGACCGCCGCUAGGGUCUUCAGGAAGCAAAUGGAAGACUGUUGCGAUCCAGCCCAUCUCUUUGCUAUGACGAAGAUGAACUCCCCCAUGGGGAAGAGCCUGUGGUAUGAUGGGGAGUUUCUAUACUCAUUCACCAUUGACAACUCCACCUAUUCCCUCUUCCCCCAGGCAACCCCCUUCCAGCUGCCAUUGAAGAAAUGCGCGGUGGUGGGAAACGGUGGGAUUCUGAAGAUGAGUGGCUGUGGCCGUGACAUAGACGAAGCAGAUUUUGUCAUGCGAUGCAAUCUCCCUCCCUUGUCAAGUGAGUACACCAGAGAUGUCGGCUCCAAAACUCAGUUGGUGACAGCUAAUCCCAGCAUAAUUCGCCAGAGGUUUCAAAACCUGCUCUGGUCCAGAAAGACAUUUGUGGACAACAUGAAGAUCUAUAACCAUAGCUAUAUCUACAUGCCUGCUUUUUCUAUGAAGACAGGAACAGAGCCGUCUCUCCGUGUAUAUUACACACUGAAAGAUGUUGGUGCCAAUCAAACAGUGCUUUUUGCUAACCCUAACUUUCUGCGGAGCAUUGGAAAGUUCUGGAAGAGCAGGGGAAUCCAUGCCAAGCGCCUGUCUACAGGACUGUUUCUGGUCAGCGCAGCCUUAGGCCUCUGUGAAGAGGUGGCCAUCUACGGCUUCUGGCCCUUCUCCGCAAAUAUGCACGAGGAGCCCAUUAGUCACCACUACUACGACAAUGUCUUGCCCUACUCGGGCUUCCACGCCAUGCCUGAGGAAUUUCUCCAACUCUGGUACCUUCACAAAAUUGGUGCGCUGAGGAUGCAGCUAGACCCAUGUGAGGAGCCAUCACUUGAGCCCACUUCCUAGGGACCAGAAGAAGAAAGAAC